CUCUCACUCGUCGCUCAUCGAAAACAUUCAAACUUUUCUCACGAUAUCUCUGUCUUUAGCCAAUUAGAAACAAUGGAUCAGAGAAUUAUACUUGCAGCGGCUCUCUUGUGCAUUGCGGUGGCCGGUGUCACAGCUCAGUCCCCUGCAGCUGCUCCAACAACAUCAUCAAAGCCUUCUUCUCCUCCGGCUACAUCACCUUCUAGUAAUGCCACACCUCCCUCAAAACCUACAACUCCUGCUCCCGCUACCUCACCAGCUACUGCUCCACCUACCCCUACCAUCAUUUCCCCGGUGAGCUCACCACCAACCGCGGUUCCAGUGAGCUCACCACCAGCUAAUUCUCCACCAGUUGCUGUUCCAGUAAGCUCACCACCAGCGGUGGUUCCAGUGAGCUCGCCACCUUUCCCUGCUCCAGAGGUAGCACAUCCACCAGCUGCUACCUCGGAGACUCCAGCUCCUGCUCCUAGCAAGAGCAAGGGCAAGAGCAAGAAGAAGGGUAAGCAGAACAAUGUAUCUUCACCGGCUCCUGCUCCUGAGCUGAUGGGACCACCCGCACCUCCUAGCGAAGCUCCUGGACCUAGCCUUGAUUCUGAUUCUCCUAGCUCAUCUCUAAACGAUGAGAGUGGAGCAGAAAAAUUGAAGGUGGUAGGAAGCCUGCUACUAACUGGAUUGAGCUGGUUCUUCUUCUUCUAGAGAGACUGCAGCUUAGCUUCUUUUACACAUUACAUUUUGUCCAAAUUUGAUCCUAUUGAAUACAUGUAACUUUUUUUUUUUUUUUUUAGUUCUGGUUCUUUAAGUCACGGAGUUCCUCUUUGAGAUCCAUUUUGGGAUUUGCCCCCACAUUGGACUCUCCUCUUCAUUUCCCAUUUUCUCUUUGGAUAAAUUUCAUUUGUUUAUUUAUCAUAUUCUUAUGUUCCAAGUUUACUUUUCCCCCUAGACAACUUGAUCUUGAUUAAAUGAUUAUGAGUAUA